GGGAGGGGAAGGAGAAAGAAUGAGAAGGAAAGGAUGCCAGAAGGUCCGUGCCUCUGCUGGGAGUCCCAAUUAGAUGCGACUGUUUCAGCCUAGCCAAGGUGAAGGAAAGUUGCUUCCGCGCCUAGGAAGUGGUUCGCCUGCAAAGAGGAGGAGGGAGACUGGGUCUGAAGCUCCCCUCCCCUCUACUGAAGACCACUGGGUCCCCUUCUCCCCAACCUCCUCCCACUCUUCUCCUCCAGCCCUCCCUUUCCCCACUCCCCCUUGACUUGGAGGCCUGGAUGCUGGGCCACCAGGCAGUGGUCCAGCACGCAGCCGGGCGGGGGCGGGGGCAGGGGGCACUGUGACAGGAAGCUUCGCGCACAAGUUGGCCGUUUCAGGGGCAAAAUAAGUUCUCCCUUGGAUUUGGAAAGGACAAAGGCAGAAAGCUCCCUCUUUUGUGUCGGAUGAAGAGGACCAACCAUGAGCCAGAACCCGGGUGCAGGCUCAUCGCUGCCGCUGCCACAUCGGUCAGCUCCAGUUCCUGCCAGGAGUUGUCUGUGCGAGGAAUUUGGUGACAGGCUCUGUUAGUCUGAUCCUCCCUUAUUUGAAGGACAGGCCAAAGAUCCCCUUUGGAAAUGAGAGCAGAAGACUAGCAGGCAACAUUGACUCUACCCAAUGAUAUCUCCAAGAGGCACAGAAACAGGAUUCAUGAAGAUGUUGACAAGACUCCAAGUUCUUACAUUAGCUUUGUUUUCAAAGGGAUUUUUACUCUCCUUAGGGGAUCAUAACUUUCUAAGGAAGGAGAUUAAAAUAGAAGGUGAUCUUGUUUUAGGGGGCUUAUUUCCUAUUAAUGAAAAAGGUACUGGAACUGAAGAAUGUGGGCGAAUCAAUGAAGAUCGAGGUAUUCAACGCCUGGAGGCCAUGUUGUUUGCAAUUGAUGAAAUCAACAAAGACAACUACUUGCUACCAGGAGUGAAGUUGGGAGUUCAUAUUUUGGAUACAUGUUCAAGGGAUACCUAUGCAUUAGAGCAAUCACUGGAGUUUGUCAGGGCAUCUCUAACUAAAGUGGAUGAAGCUGAAUAUAUGUGUCCUGAUGGAUCAUAUGCUAUUCAAGAAAACAUCCCACUGCUCAUCGCAGGGGUCAUUGGUGGCUCAUACAGCAGUGUUUCCAUACAGGUAGCAAACCUACUGAGACUCUUCCAGAUCCCUCAGAUAAGUUAUGCCUCCACCAGCGCCAAACUCAGCGACAAGUCGCGCUAUGAUUAUUUUGCCAGGACAGUGCCCCCUGACUUCUACCAGGCCAAAGCCAUGGCCGAAAUCUUACGCUUCUUCAACUGGACUUAUGUGUCCACUGUGGCCUCUGAAGGUGACUACGGGGAGACAGGGAUCGAGGCCUUUGAGCAGGAAGCCCGUCUUCGCAACAUCUGCAUUGCCACUGCGGAAAAGGUGGGUCGCUCCAAUAUCCGCAAGUCCUAUGACAGCGUGAUCCGAGAACUGCUGCAGAAGCCCAAUGCUCGCGUCGUGGUCCUCUUCAUGCGCAGUGACGACUCGCGAGAGCUGAUCGCUGCAGCCAACCGCGUCAAUGCCUCCUUCACCUGGGUGGCCAGCGACGGCUGGGGCGCGCAGGAGAGCAUCGUCAAGGGCAGCGAACAUGUAGCUUAUGGGGCCAUCACCCUGGAGCUGGCAUCACAACCUGUCCGCCAGUUCGACCGCUACUUCCAGAGCCUCAACCCCUACAACAAUCACCGCAACCCCUGGUUCCGAGACUUCUGGGAGCAGAAAUUCCAGUGCAGCCUCCAGAACAAGAGAAACCACAGGCAAGUUUGUGACAAGCACCUGGCUAUUGACAGCAGCAACUAUGAGCAAGAAUCUAAGAUCAUGUUUGUGGUGAAUGCAGUGUAUGCAAUGGCACAUGCGUUGCACAAAAUGCAGCGCACCCUCUGCCCUAACACGACCAAGCUCUGUGAUGCCAUGAAGAUCCUGGACGGAAAGAAGUUGUAUAAGGAUUAUUUGCUGAAAAUCAAUUUCACGGCUUCUAUUGACCACCUAUGUUGGCAGCUUCUUUCCAUCUUCAAAGCCGACAGUGCACCAUUCAACCCAAAUAAAGGAGCAGACAGCAUCGUGAAGUUUGACACCUUCGGAGAUGGGAUGGGAAGAUACAACGUGUUCAACUUCCAAUACAUAGGUGGAAAGUAUUCCUACUUGAAGGUUGGCCACUGGGCAGAAACUUUAUCUCUAGAUGUGGACUCUAUCCACUGGUCCCGGAACUCAGUCCCCACAUCCCAGUGCAGUGAUCCCUGUGCCCCCAAUGAAAUGAAAAACAUGCAGCCAGGGGAUGUCUGUUGCUGGAUCUGCAUCCCCUGUGAGCCCUACGAAUACCUGGCUGAUGAGUUCACCUGUAUGGAUUGUGGGCCCGGCCAGUGGCCCACUGCAGACCUAUCUGGGUGUUUCAACCUUCCUGAGGACUACAUCAAGUGGGAAGAUGCCUGGGCCAUUGGCCCAGUCACCAUUGCCUGCCUGGGUUUUAUGUGUACUUGCAUGGUUAUUACUGUUUUUAUCAAGCACAAUAACACACCCUUGGUCAAAGCAUCAGGCCGAGAACUCUGCUACAUCUUGUUGUUUGGGGUUGGCCUGUCCUACUGCAUGACAUUCUUCUUCAUUGCUAAGCCAUCACCUGUCAUCUGUGCAUUGCGCCGACUUGGGCUGGGGACCUCCUUUGCCAUCUGUUAUUCAGCCCUGCUGACCAAGACAAACUGCAUCGCUCGCAUCUUCGAUGGGGUCAAGAAUGGAGCUCAGAGGCCAAAAUUCAUCAGCCCCAGUUCUCAGGUUUUUAUCUGCCUGGGUCUGAUCCUGGUACAAAUUGUGAUGGUGUCUGUGUGGCUCAUUCUGGAGGCCCCAGGCACCAGAAGGUAUACCCUUCCAGAGAAGAGGGAAACAGUCAUCCUCAAGUGCAAUGUCAAAGAUUCCAGCAUGUUGAUCUCACUUACCUACGAUGUGAUCCUAGUGAUCUUAUGCACUGUGUAUGCCUUCAAAACAAGGAAGUGCCCAGAAAAUUUCAACGAAGCCAAGUUCAUAGGCUUUACCAUGUACACCACCUGCAUCAUCUGGUUGGCAUUCCUGCCAAUAUUUUAUGUGACAUCAAGUGACUACAGAGUACAGACAACAACCAUGUGCAUCUCCGUUAGCUUGAGUGGUUUUGUGGUCUUGGGCUGUUUGUUUGCACCCAAGGUACACAUCGUCCUGUUCCAACCCCAGAAGAAUGUGGUCACACACAGACUGCACCUCAACAGGUUCAGUGUCAGCGCAACUGCAACCACAUAUUCCCAAUCAUCUGCAAGCACGUAUGUCCCAACAGUGUGCAACGGGCGGGAAGUUCUCGACUCUACCACCUCAUCUCUGUGACUGGAAUUUGCAAUUCAGUUCUCGUGUGUUUAGACUGUUAGACAAAGUGCUCAAGUGCUGCUCCACAAUACAGAAACAGAGCAAAAGAACAACCCUAGUACCUUUUUUGUAGAAACAGUACACUAAAUUAUUUUUGAGGACUGUACAGUAUAUUGUGAUGUGUUAGAACUUUUUAGGCUGAUUUUAGUGCCCCUAUUAACAACCCCCGCUCCGAACAUGGAAAUAACCAUUGUUUACAGAGCUGAGCAUUGGUGACAGGGUCUGACAGGGUCAGUCUACUAAAAAAAACAAACAAAAA